AUGAAUAUUUUACAAUAUCGGCAUAUGCGUAGUCAAGAAAUUUUCCCAAAUGAUGACGAAUCAGAACAAAAGUAUUAUGAAGAGAAUGGCAAUGAAAAUUAUCAAUCAUUAAUUACAACUUCGUCAUCAAUUAAUGCUUUAUUAACAAGUACUGAAAGUCCGUUUGACAAGGCUAAAGCAAUUGAUGAGGAAUUUAUGGAAAAAGUUCCUAUGCCACCAUGGGCGAAAUGGCUCAUUAUUCUUCUAGUACAACCCGAUGUUGAACAAUUAACACAAAAUAUGGAAGAUAAUGAAGAUGCUGAAUCAAAAAAAAGUGAACCACAAUAUUUAGGAAAGUUAGAAUAUUCACUUGAUUAUGAUUUUCAAAAACAAGAGCUGAAAGUUGAAGUUAUUCAAGCACAAGAGUUACCUGCUAUGGAUAUAAAUGGAGCAUCUGAUCCAUAUGUUAAAGUAUAUAUAUUACCAGAUAAAAAGAAAAAAUUUGAAACAAAACCACAACGAAAAACAUUAAAUCCUGUUUUUAAUGAAACAUUUAUAUUCAAAGAUUUGCCAUAUGGUGAAAUAAGUGGAAAAACACUUAUAUUUUCAGUUAUCGAUUACGAUCGUUUUUCACGACAUGAUCCAAUUGGCGAAGUACAAAUUCCAUUGAAUGCCGUGGAUUUAGGACAAGUCAUAAGAGAAAUAAAAGAGUUAAUACCGCCGCCCCGUGAUCGAGAUUUUGACAGCAAAUUAGGAGACAUUUGUUUUUCACUUCGAUAUGUUCCAACAGCUGGCAAAUUGACAGUUACUAUACUCGAAGCUAAAAAUCUUAGAAAGAUGGACGUCGCUGGACUUUCUGAUCCAUAUGUUAAAUUAUCAUUAAUGAUGAAUGAAAAACGUUUAAAAAAAAAGAAAACAUCAAUUAAAAAAUGUACAUUAAAUCCAUAUUAUAAUGAAUCAUUUACAUUCGAAGUAUCAUUUGAAGAAAUUCAGAAAGUAAAAUUAGUGAUUUUGGUUGUUGAUUAUGAUCGUAUUGGAACAUCCGAACCAAUUGGAAAAGUUGUGUUAGGCUGUCGUACAACUGGUCCUGAAUUACGUCAUUGGACUGAUAUGCUUGCGUCACCUCGAAGACCUAUUGCUCAAUGGCACUCACUCAAAGAUCCUGGAGAUGAAAAAUAG